CGAUGCGUAGCUGAUCGAGUAUAAAUAGCGCGUGCGUGGCUUUGUUAGGACAUAAACAGUUCGAUACUCAUUCAGUAAUAAACGCUCCGUGCCAAAACCUUCUCUACAAACAACAAAAUGCGUGUGAUUGUGGUGCUUUGUCUGAUUGCUGUUGCUGCUGCUCAAUACGAAUAUGCCGCCAAUACCCAGCCACAAGUGGGUGCCGCUCAACUCUCCCAACCCAUUCAGCCAGUCAACGAAUUCAAUAAGGAAUACUAUACUUACUCAGCACCCGAACAUGAGUUCAAUGAUGCUGGCUCCGCUGACAAUAUCGGCAAUGCAUUGAAGAAGAACUUGCGUGUCAUCUUCGUUAAGGGACCCGAGAAUACCGGACUCGAGAAUGCUGCUUUGCAAUUGGCUAAAUCGGCUGGCGAAGAACGCACUGCCAUCUAUGUGUUGACCAAGCAAGCUGAUAUCGGUGAUUUGGCCAACAAAUUGAACUCGGUACAGAGCACCGGCAGCAAACCCGAAGUACACUUUGUCAAAUACCGCACCCCAGCCGAUGCUGAGAAUGCCAAGCAAGCUAUCCAAUCGCAGUACGACUCAUUGCCCGGUGCUUCGAGCAAUCACAAUGCCGGUUCAGCGCCUGUUUUGGACUUCGCCAGCAAAGCAGUUGCAGCUUCAGUUGCUGCUCCAGCUCCAGCUCCAGUUCCAUUGGCCGCAGCCGCACCCGCACCCGCUGCCCCUGCCAACACCUACAUUCCACCACAAGCACAAGCGUAUUUGCCACCCGGUAGAAGGUUCUAAGCUACACGAGUGAUUUCUAGCGAAUGUCGUGAUUAACUGUUGACUAGUUUUAAUAUACAAACUUGUUUUAUUAG